AUGGAUAGCUUUGAUGAUGAUAAUGUGGUUCUGGAUGAUAAAGAAGCACUACAAAACAACGAUCAGUCACUAGCUGCUGAAAACAUCCACAGGUAUUUGGACAGAUUAAAUAACACUCCACUAAACAUUGCUAUCACUGGAGAGUCUGGUGCUGGUAAAUCCACCUUUGUGAAUGCCUUCAGAGGCAUAGACAACAGGGAUAAGGAGAGAGCUGCCCCUACUGGUGUUGUAGAGACCACCUCUGAGGUUACACCUGAAUUUCUUUCCUCGUUAUGUUCUUACAUCUGUAAAAAAACAUCUGAUGAUUGGGUGGUUCUGGAUGUUAAAGAAGCACUACAAAACAACGAUCAGUCACUAGCUGCUGAAAACAUCCAGAGGUAUUUGGACAGAUUAAAUAACACUCCACUAAAAAUUGCUAUCACUGGAGAGUCUGGUGCUGGUAAAUCCACCUUUGUGAAUGCCUUCAGAGGCAUUGACAACAGGGAUAAGGAGAGAGCUGCCCCUACUGGUGUUGUAGAGACCACCUCUGAGGUAACACCUUACCCCCAUCCAAACUAUCCCAAUGUUACAUUAUGGGAUCUCCCUGGUAUUGGCACCACCAGUUUUCCUGCUGACAAAUACCUGAAGCAUGUCGGAUUUGAGAAGUUUGACUUCUUCAUCAUCAUAUCUGACACUCGCUUCAGAGAAAAUGAUGUGAAGCUCGCUCAGGAGAUUCGGAAGAUGGGAAAAAAAUUCUACUUUGUUCGCUCAAAGAUUGACCACAACUUACGUGAUGAGGAAAGAAGUCAGAAAGAGUUCAAUGAAGAAAGAUCUCUGACAGAAAUCAGGGAAAACUGCAUUAAAGGUCUUCAAAAACAAGGUUUUGAGGCUCCACAGGUCUUCUUGGUGUCCAGCGUUGAUCUCCACCUGUAUGAUUUCCAUCUGUUAGAGGAGACCUUAGAGAGAGAACUUCCUGCCCAUAAGAAGGAUGUUCUGCUAUUGGCUGUGCCCAAUGUCAGCCUGGAGAUCAUCAACAAGAAGAAAGACACUUUACAGGCCAAAAUAAAAUAUUAUGCCAUGCUAUCUGCAGUUGUAGGAGGUGUACCAGUUCCUGGGAUUUCUUCUGCUGUUGACAUAGGCAUGAUAGUUGGUGUUGUUACACAAUACAAAGUUGCGUUUGGUCUUAAUAUCCCAUCACUGGAGAGACUUGCUCAAACCACAGGUGUGCCAUUAGAUGAGCUGAGAGCUGUCAUGAUUUCACCACUGGCUACAAAAAAACUAACCCCUGAUCUUGUCAUGAAGCUGUUAUCGGAGUGUAUAACCACAGCUUCAUUAAUGGCAGCAGAGGAAGUGUCCAGAUUCAUUCCAAUAUUUGGAAUCCCAGCAGCAAUGUGCGUUUCAUUUGCCUCUACCUACAAAAUCCUGAAUACUUUCCUCGACAUGCUCGCCAUCGAUGCACAGAGAGUAUUCACAAAGGCCCUGGGUCUGGACACAGCAGUGUGA